GGGAAAGCCUAGACAUAAAAGUUAUUCCUUUCACUCCUCAGAAAAUCAGAUAACCGGAGCAGUGUUGCCUUACCUCACUAAAUCUGAACUUAAAGACUUAGGAGUUGGACCGUUGGACUUGAGACUGAAAUUGCUUGUUUGCCUACAAAAGCUAGAACAAAAUCAUGCUGACAUAAUGAAGGUUUUUAAUGAUCCUAUUCAUGGGCAUAUUGAAAUACAUCCUCUCCUCGUUCGAAUCAUUGACACUCCUCAAUUUCAGCGCCUGCGAUAUAUUAAACAGCUGGGAGGCACUUACUAUGUUUUCCCAGGAGCAUCACACAACCGCUUUGAGCAUUCUUUGGGGGUAGGCUAUCUAGCAGGAUGUCUGGUCCGGGCAUUACAUGAAAGACAGCCAGAGUUGGAGAUAAGCCAGCGAGAUAUUCUCUGUGUCCAGAUUGCUGGACUUUGUCAUGAUUUGGGUCAUGGACCAUUUUCACACAUGUUUGAUGGAAGAUUUAUUCCACUUGCUCGCCCAGGACUGAAAUGGAAGCAUGAAACGGCUUCUGUUGAGAUGUUUGAACACCUCAUUACUUCCAAUGGGCUAGAAAAAGUGAUGGAAGAUUAUGGUCUUGUCCUGAAAGAAGAUAUGGAUUUCAUCAAGGAACAAAUAGGGGGACCCCUGGAUACAACCCCACGUCGGGGUUUGUGGCCAUACCGUGGUCGACGAGAAGAGAAAAGCUUCCUUUAUGAGAUAGUGGCUAACAAAAGAAAUGGCAUUGAUGUUGACAAGUGGGAUUACUUUGCCAGGGAUUGCCAUCACUUAGGAAUCCAGAAUAAUUUCGAUUAUAAGCGCUUCCUUAAAUUUGCUCGUGUCUGUGAAGUGAAAAGCAAGAAGCAUAUCUGCACCCGUGACAAGGAGGUUGGAAAUCUAUAUGACAUGUUCCAUACACGGAACUGCUUGCACCGCAGAGCUUACCAGCACAAGGUUGGCAACAUCAUUGAAACCAUGAUUACAGAUGCCUUCCUAAAAGCAGAUCCCUAUAUUAAAAUAGCAGGCGCUGGAGGAAAACACUACAAAAUUUCUACAGCAAUGGAGGAUAUGGAAGCUUACACCAAACUGACAGAUAACAUCUUUCUGGAGAUUCUGUACUCGAGUAAUAAAGAGCUGGCUGAGGCACGAGAAAUUUUGCGUAAAAUAGAACUACGUGAUCUUUACAAGUAUUUAGGAGAGACUCGGACUGAACCAGGAAAAGAAAUUACAGAGGAGCAGUAUGACAGGCUGCCAGCUGACAUUGUUGCUUCCAGGCCAAGGAACGCGCCUCAGGAUGUUGAGUUGUAUGCUGCAGACUUUAUAGUUGAUGUUAUCAAUAUGGAUUAUGGAAUGAAAGAACAGAACCCUAUUGAUAAAGUUCGCUUCUAUUGCAAGUCUGACCCGAGCCAGGCAGUCAAGAUUUCGAAAGAACAGGUUUCAAGGCUUCUGCCAGAAACAUUUGCAGAGCAGCUUAUCCGGGUUUAUUGCAAAAAAAAGGAUGAGAAGAGUUUAGAUGCUGCAACAAAGUAUUUUAUUCAGUGGUGUAUGGACAUGGAUUUUACCAAGCCACAGGAUGGUGAUGUGGUCGCCCCAGAACUAACUCCAAUGAAACCAAGCUGGAAUGACCCUGAGGAAGAUGAACUGCAAAGUCCAAAUGACUGCAGGGAAGCUUCAAAAUCCAGAACCAGACUCUUUCAAUAACUCAUUUGUUAAAUGGUGUUUACUUGUAAUAUUUAAAGUCUUUCCAGGAACAGUUUUAUACUGUUCCUUCUAGCCCUUUAAAAAUACUUGAAAGGGAACAGCACACUUUUAUAAACCUACCUGAAAAGCUUUACAGAGCAAAUUUAUAAUACUGCAUAUUUUAAGAUGCUGUAUGUGUACAAUAGUGAUUUAAAAGCUUUACGUGUAUUGAUGUUCAAAGGGGAAUUUUAUAUAGUGACCAGUGAUGACUUGCAGCAGAACAGAAACAGCUGUUCUAGUGUUUGACUUGAAGGCUAUAAGAGUAUUGAGGCUGUGUAGCAAGAGCACUUUUCAAAAUGAAGGCCUUUGAAAGAUCCUAAAUGUAGAAAAUUAAUGUUUCACCAUUGUUGGAGUAGAGCUAGCAUUUCACUUCAGCAGUUUUGACUUCCUUAAAAUCAGAGAACUGUGAGCAGCGAGUGCCCACCUUCCUUUACUGAAGCAAAUGUCAUAGAGAAAAUUGACUAGAGCGUCUCGGUUUUUUUUCCUGUCUCCUACUUCAUAUUCCUUACUUUUAAGGUAAUUGUGAUGUCCCAUUUUCUAAUAGAGCAAAGCAUUUAGCUCAGAUUUCUUAAGCCUUGCUGAAGUGAAAAAGUGCCUCAGUGAGAUGUAGCUUUUUUUGUUUUUUCUAUUGUUUUUGUGGCUUUACAGUCACUUUUUCCUGUAAUUUAAAUGUUUUCUUUUGGUUCUUUUCAUACAGCACAAAUGGGAUGGGGACUGAUUUGACUUCCGACGGGUGGCUGUCCAAUACACAAGCCAAACAAAUUAGGCAGAUUUUUCUCCAAUGUUUCACUUAGCGGUUCUGUAAAACGUACAGAAAUGGGAUUUUUAAGUUGCCUGUGUCCUUUUUUUAAAGUAGUAUCUGAAACAAGAAGAAAACAAAUGAACUCUGGCUUCAGGAGUCAGACAUUGGUCAUUAGUGGGUCUGAAUCUCAAAUCAGUGCAAUGAGGUCUGGAGACACUAGCUGUGUUUAUAUAACAUUAACUGUCCCUGCUAGCAAUGGCAUUUGAUAGUGCCCAGAUGGAGGCAAGGGAUUCGAUUGUGCCAUAACUCUGCAGUUCUCUGUAUGCACUAGCCAACGUGGCCACCAGAGGAGGGGUAAACCCUCCCUUCAGUGCACUACCAGUGGUUCAGAUCUCCAAGUGUAUGACAAGGUUGUUACCAGGAAUCUUCACCGACUUGUGAAGCGCAGAUGUAACCGCUCUGGGAUAAGCCUUUUGUACUUGACUUCACCAGACUCAGUGAAGCAAGUGUGGUAAAAUCCCGUGAUUCGAGGCAAUUGGAGAUAUUACAUGCAGAAUAAUUAUUAAUUUCACAGAUCACACUUCAAGGUAUUUGCUUAUUUGAAACUGUUGAGAGGUGUACUGUACCUCCGAGCUGGAUUUUUUUUUAAAUAGUUCAAACUGAGCCCUGAGUUGACAAAGAAUGUAUACAUAUAUUUUUAUAACUUUUAAUGGUAUUGCAACAUGGAUUGUUUGUAUUAAAUACAAUUAAUGCACAGUUAAAAUGAAAAA